AUGAAGCCGAGACAGGGCAAAGGAAAUCGCCCCAAGAACGACGGGUCUCAGGCCUGGGGUCGCCAAGGCCAAGAUCGUUCAGCAGAGCACCGGGACCCGCCGAAGCGCACACGCGAUGGGCAGCUGAGCCGCUUGAAAGACGAGGACAUCACCCAUCUGGAGCCACCCUGGGAGAAUGUCACGACCGUGAUGAUGCGGAACCUACCGAACAAGUACACGCAACAAAUGCUGCUCGGGGAGCUGCGAGAUGCUGGCUUCCACAUGCAGGAAGACUUCGAUUUUUUCUACCUGCCGAUGGACCACUGCAAUUGUGCGAAUCUUGGCUAUUGCUUCAUCAACUUCACGAAGACAGCGAGGGCAAACGACUUCGCCGGUGCCUUCAGUGGGAAGCGUAUGCGUCGGUUCAACUCGCACAAGACCGCCGUGAUCAUGCCAGCUUCGAUUCAGGGGUAUGAGCAGAAUUAUACAUACUACAUCUCCACCCGUGUCGCCCAAGCAGCUGAUCCACAGUAUCGGCCGCUGUUUCUGCGGCCGCUGCCUUCAGUUGACGUCAGCUUGGCACCAACUCCGACUAGCGGGAAGGGCAAGGGCAGCGGCAAGGACCGCGGGAAGGACAGGGGUGGCCGCGGCCGACGGAAAGGCGACUGGGACCUCGGUGGCGAGGCGAUGUUGGGAGGAGGAGACUGGAACUCGAAGGAUGAGGACUCCGGUCGAGUGAUUCCUCCGCAGAUCCCGGCGGCACCCGUUCAGCAGGACUACCAGGUGAUGUGCGCUAACUGCGGAACACUCUGCGGCUCCAGCUACCGCUUCUGUUCCUUCUGUGGGAACCCUCUCUGGGAUGCGGCAGGGCUCGGAGGGCCGGUGAUGAUGGCGGCGUAUUUCCAGCCCGAGUGGCAGAUGAUGCCCGAGCCGGCGCCGAUCGAGUCGGCCGCUCCCGUGGAGGACACGCCCACGCUACCUUCCAACAAGUCCAACGGGAAGAAAGAGACCAACAAGAUGCAGCAAGAAGAGACGGCCACUGAGGAGCCCCCGGCCGAGGAACUGGACAUACUCCAUGGCAGAAUGAUGCUUUUGGCCGCACUGAAGGACUUGGAGCGCGGCUCCAUCGACACAGCCCAAG